CGUGAAUUGGGAGGAUCAUCCGGAUGACCAAAAUAAAGUUGUGGAGAAUAUGAAGGAUGAAACAGAGACACAUGAGACCAACAAGAACAGGACAGGAGGCAAGGCUAAACGUAAGUCCAGUGGCCGUGCCAAGAAGACUUCAAUGGAGGAGGACAGCAGCAUUGGUGCAGAGUCUUCUCAGACACCCGGGUGUGGUUUCCGGGAAAGGGGAUCUAUCAUUGAGCAGCUGGAGAAGGAGGCUCAGAGGACUCUAAUGCCUUCUCUCAAGAUUGGGACAUGCUGUGCCCCAAUCCUCCUCUCUUUCCUGAGGAGUCUAACUGAUGACCAAUGGAGAGUGAUUCAGCAUGGCAUGAAAAAUAACCUGACAUUCGAGCAGCUCUCCAUGAUGUGUCUGAAGAUUGUUAAGGUCGUGACCCAGACAGCCCUCCGCAUUCUCCUACCAGCGCUAGCUCGUAUCAUGGGGGUGAACCUGAGGAGUGGGGCAACCUCCCCAGAAUCCCCGUGCUCUCUGACAGGGUCUGAGGAUUCCUUAGGCAGUCUGGAUGAGAGAGAGAAAAGGCUGCUGAUCAGUGAGAUGAACUACUGGACUAAGGAGAGGAGGAGGAAUGGCAGUGCAGGGUGCCGCCAAAAAUCCACUGGCAGAACCUCAUCAUCAUGCUGGUCGCCUAAGAGCGUUCCAAGAGAGGAAACAAAAAGGACUGCCAUUCAGUCCAGGAACAGACUGAGAUUCCCUCUACUGAUGGACAUUGCAUAGCUCCAGUUGGAGAGGUUUCUCCCUCCAUAUCUCAGCCUAUCAAAAAACGAUCCUUGAUUGUCAGGGUCUUUUCAGCAAUGAUGAAGCCAUUCAGGCGCUUCACCAAGAAGAACCUGUAACCUGUUACGCUGCAUGAACAACUACUUUUGUAACAGCAAGACUUUUGACAAGAGGAAUUUCUGCAUGUUUACCCUUUCAAAGUCUAUUUGAUCAAAUAAAUGCAAAUUAUUUUACAAGA